AUGCACAAGAUGAUUAGGAGGAUAACUUACACCCUGGAAAGACAUGUGUCCACUGUGGUGCGUGGGACCACCCAGGUGAGAAGAUUUCUGCAUGGUGCUUAUUUCAAGAUUCAUCCCUCUGUACAGGAAGCCCUAAUGGACAGGAAACCAGUUGUAGCUUUGGAAAGCACCAUCAUUACACAUGGCAUGGCCUAUCCUCAGAAUCUGAGGUGCAUGGCCAGAGAGGUGGAAGAAGUUGUAACAACAAAUGGAGCAGUGCCAGCCACUAUAGGUAUUUUAAGAGGUCAUAUCCAUGUGGGACUCACAGAUGAGGAACUUGAGUUCUUGGCAAGCAGUAGAAACACAGUUAAAGUGUCUCGGAGAGAUCUUCCUUAUGUCCUCAGCCAGGGCUUGUCUGGUGGCACUACUGUGUCUGGAACAAUGAUUGCUGCACACAAAGUGGGAAUCUCUGUGUUUGUGACAGGUGGCUUAGGAGGUGUCCAUCGAGGAGGAGAGAACAGUCUGGAUGUGAGUGCUGACUUGACAGAGCUAGGACAAACUCCAGUUGCUGUUGUAUCUGCAGGAGUCAAGUCUAUCCUUGACAUUGGCAGGACACUGGAGUAUCUGGAGACUCAGGGAGUCUGCGUGGCUGCCUUUGGACAGUCAAGGGAGUUCCCAGCCUUCUUCUCACGUCAGAGUGGCUUUCAGGCACCAUAUCACGUCCAGGAUGAAGAGGAGGCAGCUGAACUCAUUGCGAGUGCUCUGGGUCUAGGCCUGAACAGUGGUGUGCUGAUAGCAGUGCCCUGUCCCCAGGAGCGAGCUACCUCAGCCCAGGUCAUUGAAGAAGCCACCCAGCAAGCUCUCAGUGAAGCCAGGUCCAAAGGGAUCACAGGCAAAGAAGUGACCCCUUUUUUGUUACAGAAGAUCAGUGAAUUAACUGAUGGAAAAUCAUUGGACUCCAACCUUGCUUUGAUCCAGAACAAUGCCAGAGUGGGCAGCUGCAUUGCAGUGGCCCUCAGCAAAUUACAGAAAGCCAGAAGGAAGAGAAACCUGCCUCAACGAGAGGACACAACCCCACCUCAGCCAGUGGUGAUUGGAGGUAUCAACGUUGACUUUAUAGCCAAGGCGCAGAACCCUGUCAUCCUGGGUGGUGGGCAAACAAAUGCUGGAAGAGUAAGACGAACCUUUGGCGGCGUUGGAAGAAACUUGGCAGACUGCUUAAGUCGUCUUGAAUGGGCUCCUCUCUUUUUAUCAGCUGUGGGGAAGGAUGAACAUUCAGAAUCUGUCCUGCACUGCUGUCACCACAUGGACAUGAGUGCCAUCCUUCACCUGGAGGGGAAGAGCACAGCCACUUACUGCGCUGUGGUCACCAGAGGUGGGGAGCUCAGCAUCGGCUUGGGAGAUAUGGACAUCCACCAGCAGAUAACGGAGCAAUACGUGUCCCAGUUCAAGGAGAACCUGUGCCAGGCCCCGCUAGUUUGCAUUGAUGGAAAUGUGCCUCUUUCCACUAUUCAGUACAUCUGCCAACUAGCUAGAGAAUAUCAGCUAGCAGUGUGCUAUGAGCCGACAGAUGAGAACAAGGCCUCUAAGCCCUUCCUCUCAGACAGCUGGAAAGCGCUCACAUACAUUUCCCCCAACCUGCAAGAGCUGAGAGCAAUAAACCGGACCCUUGGGAACCCUUUGCCAGCAGAAGAACUGCCAUUCAGGUUGGAGGAUGUUGUCCAGACUGCAGUGGCCCUGGCCCGUCCUUUGCUGGCCCACCUGUGCUGUGUGGUGGUGACACUUGGCAUUCAUGGUGUGCUCCUGUGUGGCCAGAGCCUGGGAGGGAGCAUCUCACUUUGCCCAGGAGCCCACAAGCAGACUGCUGCUGCCAGCCUCUGCGCCACCCACUACCCUGCCAUCCACAUCAGCAGGGAGGAGAUAGUCAACGUCUCGGGAGCUGGUGACAGCUUAAUGGCAGGAAUCCUUGCAGGGAUGCUUGCUAAACAUGACACAGAUACGUGUGUCCGGAUGGGUCUGCUUGCUGCAAGCUUGUCUCUCCGUUCCUACGAGCCUAUUUCCCCAGCAAUCAGCACUUCCACUGUCAGCCAAGAGCAAGUCAAAAGCAGGAGCUGGCCAGAGGUGAAGGUAUGGAAGAUGGACUAGAGCACCAUGGCUUUCUCAUUCAUCAUCUCUUUGUACUCCCAGCAUUGCUGUUUCCAGGGUCUGGGCCCUGUUUUGAGCUCUGAGCUGAGCAGCUGGCUGCUAACCAGAGGACUUAGGCUUUCAGUGCACGCUAUCAUCUGGGAGGUGAAUGUCAGCAUUUGGUGACAGCCUGUAUUGCACUGUUAACGUUUAUGUUUGUCUCUCAUUG